CCCUGUUUAUUCACUGCCACAUUUUCCCACACCAGACAAACCUUAUCCUACAGCAAUAAGGAACUGUCAUUUCUGAGGGCAGGGCAAUUCUACUAUAAAGUAAACCAUCCAUUUGAAGCCCAUCUCCAGAUGUUUCAGUCCAUGGGAGAAGGACGCUAGCAAAGCAAGAAGAGUCUGGAUUAGAAAGUGCAACCAAGGCAAAAGAAAAAAGAUCAGCAGGACUUGGGGGAGCAUCUCAAAAGAAGAAGAAGAAUCUGCUGAGAAGCAAGCAGAGACAUUGCAGAACUUCAAGGAAGGAGAGGAGAGGAGAUCAGGCUGCAAAAUGAGCAAUCCAGAGAACGGGAAGACAUCUCAAAUGAACGAAUCCUUUCAUCCUGGACAACAGCCUGAUCCGAUGAAAUCAGCUAUGAAUCCACCUCCAGCAGUGUAUGGGACAUCUCCCUCCAUGCCAUACCAGUAUCAACCUUAUGCUGGACAUCCCGGUGCCAUACAUAUGCAGCCUGAACAGACCAUCCUGAUGUCAAAUGUACAGUCUGUCAAUGAACCAGAUUAUUUGGGCUACUCCAUCUUCACCCUCCUUUGCUGUUGCCUCCCCUUGGGCAUAGUUGCUUUGAUUUACUCUAUAAAGACUCAAGGGGCCAAUCAACAGAGAGACAUCGCGUCUGCUAAGAGAUAUUCCAGACGGGCACUAACCUUGGAUCACGCUGCGCUUGGAUUGGGGAUUGCAUGGAUCGUUCUGGCUAUUAUUUUGGUCAUUGUUUUCAGGACCGUAGCUGUGGACCCAGUAGUAUCAGUUCAUCAGGGCAACUUUGGAAACAUUGGAAAUUACAAUCCCUGAAGACACCAUAUUAUCUUAAAUGAUUUCUGUUCUUAAUACACGGAAGGGAAGUCAGAAAUCUAAAAUAAAACCAUUGUCUUUGAAUUAAUGUAAAUAUAAAUCAUGUAAGUAGGGAUGCGGUGACUCAGUGGCUAAGACACUGAGCUUGUCGAUCGAAAGGUCGGCAGUUCAGCGGUUCAAAUCCCUAGUGCCGCGUAACGGGGUGAGCUCUCGUUACUUGUCCCAUCUUCUGCCAACCUAGCAGUUCGAAAGCACGUAAAAAAUGCAAGUAGAAAAAUAGGGACCACCUUUGGUGGGAAGGUAACAGCGUUCCGUGCGCCUUUGGCAUUUAAUCAUGUUGGCCACAUGACCAUGGAGACGUCUUCAGACAGCGCUGGCUCUUUGGUUUGAAAUGGAGAUAAGCACCUCCCCCUAGAGUCGGGAAUGACUAGCACAUAUAUGUGCGAGGGGAACCUUUACCUUUACCUUUAAAUCAUGUAAAACUCUUAGUACAGAAUCUAACCAUAGGCCGGUCCUUCAGACCUCCCACUAGUACACACGCUUUGCUCGCCACACCUAACAACUAGCCCAUAAUACACUGGAGACAACAUUGGGCAGUCUGAAACCCUAUUAAUCGAUUAUUCUGAUUCUUAUCGACCCCCAGAUUGAAACAAUAGCUUGGGAAAAGGUAAAUGAAUCAGUUUUGAGGCCACAUGUGAAGCAUUGGCUCAUUUGGAGGUAAAAACUGUUUAUAUUGAAAUACACAUAAUCAGUUCUAAAUCUCAUUCAUAUGAAAUGGAUGCAAUGCACUAGACGUGAGAACGGAAAUCCCGAUUUGUUGGAAACCUACCAUCAGGAUAUUCUUCAUAUUUUCUCUGGGACAAUCUUACAGAAGACAUUAUCUUCUUCAUUAUCUACAUUACAUAUAAAAUCCAGUGUUGUCAUAAAUUAAAAGUGAACAGAGCUUCAUGUAGCUUUCCAUCUCCUGACACACAUUUAACUCCAACUUGUAAAGUUCAAUGAUCAUAGGAAUUUAGCGAUCAUAGGAAUAUCUCUGUCUCACCUUUCUGUACAAUUGAUUUUAUUGUCACAUUGCUCUUAUUGUUGGAAAUUAUUACAUAUUAUCCAAUUAGCAUCUGCCCUUCUGGAAUUUGAUAACCUUAUUCUGUGUACUGCAUUGAUAUAAUACAAAGUGGUACUUUAUUAAAUGCAUGAAGUGUGAUUUUGUGAAGAUUUUUUGUUUGUUUGUUUAAGCUUAUGUAAAUUUAUACUAUAAACUUAUGUGAAAUAAAUGCUACUUUGUGUUCUGGC